AUGGCUUAUUUCCGUACUGUUGUUGUUGUUGUUCUCGUGCAAGUGUUGAGCGUUCUAGCAGAUGAUGAUAAUAUACAAUCUGGGGGCGAUGGUACGCUAGGCGAUACCGCUCCAGGUGGUGGUGACGACUACGACUAUGGAGAAGAACUUGAGUGGAAAGACUGCGAAACAGACCUUGGGCCAUUAAAUAGGGAUUUGGGGAAUGUGUUCGGAGAAAUGGUUGGAGGAGUGACAUUUAAGGUGGACUGCCGCGAGGUUGAUGCUGCUGAAGAGUUCGUGGUUGGGGGCUAUGUAAGAUACGGUGAAAAGACUCAUUUUAAUCUUCGGGACAACACUACAGAAUUCACUAAGGAGAAUGUCAUAUCACAUGUGAAGGAUCAGGCAAACCAAUGGGGAGUAAAACUGCGGGAAGCACUGAAAGAAGUCGGUAUUCGUUCUGGUGAUGUCUUUUUUGGAUGCACUUGGGCAACCAAAGAAGUUUUUUGUUAUUACCGGAAGCAAGACGUCAAUAUAGAUGAAGUUGAAGAAAAAUUGGCUAAUCUUGUGAAAAGACUUCAAGAAGAGUUCGAUAAGGAGAAGGAAGCGAGAGCAAAGAAAGAAAGCGAUCCCGAAAUCUCAUAG